AUGGCGAUGAGAAGCAAAGCAAUUAUCAAAUGGCCAAAACAAGUAACAACAUCUCUAGUUGAGCAACUGAUUAAAGCUGAGCGAAAUGUAGAAAAAGCUGUCAUCGUUUUUGAUUCGGCAUCAGCAGAGUACGCUAAUGGCUUCCGCCAUGACCACACCACUUACUCCCUCAUCAUCUCGAAGCUGUUAUCUGUCAAUCAGUUUACAAGAGCAGAAGAUUUCAUCGACAGAAUGACAAAAGAAUCCUGUAAAGUCACCGAAGACAUACUCUUAUCAAUAUGCAGAGCCUAUGGACGCGUCCAUAAACCUCAUGACGUCAUGAGAAUUUUCCAGAAGAUAUCUGAACCCACAUUGAAAGCUUACGUCACUGUCUUCUCCAUUCUCGUUGAUGAAAACCAGUUGAAAGUAGCCUUCAAGUUCUACAGGUACAUGAGACAAUUAGGAUUCCCUCCAAAUCUCCCUUCACUUAAUGUCUUAAUCAAAGCUCUUUCCAAGAACAUCUCCACCAUUGAUUCAGCCAUUAACAUCUUUCGUGAGAUGCCCAAACAUGGGUGUACCCCAGAUACAUACACAUAUGGGACUUUAAUCAAUGGGUUAUGUAAAUUAUCAAAAAUUAAAGAAGCCAAAGAGCUUUUUAAAGAAAUGGAAACAAAAGGUUGUUCUCCAAGUGUUGUCACCUACACUAGCUUAAUCCAUGGAUUAUCCCAAAACAAUUUAGAUGAAGCUUUGGCUCUUUUUCAAGAAAUGGAAGCUAAAACUAUAACCCCUAAUGUAUACACCUAUAGCUCUAUUAUAAAUGGGCUAUGUAAGAAUGGGCGUAGUUUGGAGGCUAUGGAGAUUCUGGAGGGUAUGAUUGCCAAACGACAUAAACCCAACAUGGUAACUUACAGCACUUUACUUCAUGGAUUAUGUAAGGAGAAAAAGAUUCGGGAAUCUUUGGAGAUAUUUGAUAGGAUGAAGGUUCAAGGGUUGAAACCAGAUGCAGGAUUGUAUUGGAAGAUGAUUGAGGUGUUUUGUGAUGAUGGGAGAUUUGAUAAAGCUGCAAACUUUCUUGAUGAAAUGGUGUUUGAAGGGAUUCCUAUAAAGAGAGUGACUUGGGGUGUUCAUGUUAAGAUACAUAAUACUGUGGUGAGAGGUCUUUGUAGGGGUAGUGAUGGAAAUAGAGGGUUUCAAGUGUAUUGUAGGAUGCGAGGUAAGGGGAUUUGUGUUGAUGUUGAAACUUUUGAGGUUCUUGUUGGUUUCUUUUGUGAGAAACGUGAUCUUGAGAAGGCGAUUAGGGUUUUUGAUGACAUGAUUGUUGAUGGAUGUUUUCCUGAAGAAGAUAUAUGGAGUGAUUUGGUUUGUAGAAUUUUGGGGAAACAAAAUGUGCAAGAAGAUGAUGAAUUGAUGAGUAAACUUGUAGUGUUUGGAAAUCAAGUUUGA